AUGAUAUCAAAAUCGUCAUCCCUUGAUGCGAUUAUAAAUGUCCUUGAUGGUGAAAACAUCUUUGACUAUGACCUCUCAUUAAUUUUAAGAACGCUAUCUAAAGCAUCGACAAUCUCGGAUGCUUCACAGGUUGAUAUAAAUCAUAUAUGUUCAAGGGUGAAUAAUUAUUUACUAUCUAAAAGAGACGAUUUUAGAUGGAUUGGAUGUAAACUAUUUGUGGUUAUCAGCCUUCAUUUACGGAUUUUGAUGUCUCCUUACCUCAAAGAAAUGAUUGGAUCUAUGGUCAAAAUUUUAUCAAGCAAAUGCUUCAUCACAGACUAUUCUAAUCCAAACAAGGAAAAGCUUGCAACCCUGCAAAGUGCCAGCGAAGCAUUAAAAUUUGCAAUCAGCAGGAUUAGAUCCAAGCCAACGUUAACAAGAGAAGUCUUAACGCCAAGACUUCCAUCAAUUAUAGCAGCUCUAAUUGAUAAUAUUGCACUCAUCCCGGAAGAUGCCAUACAGACUCUUUAUAACAUUCUUCUAUAUCACAGCACAACAUUUCGACCAUUUGGUUCUAAGUUUGAGACCCAAUUAAGUAAUCUUCUUGCUGGUGAUGACAAUUACUUUUCGAUGGAUCCGUGCUUAGUGAACCUUUGUUUUAGAUGCUUAGCUCUUUUAUCAUUCAGUCUUUCCAGAGAAGGACCUGAAAAAAUAUGGAAAAAGAAGGUUUCAAAUCUUUUGCUAGAGAUGAGAUCAAUCUUGUCUAUUUACGAUGAACUUUUGGAAACUUCCCAGGAUCCGGAUUUUGCAUCCAGAAUGAAGCUAUUGCCAGAUGAUCGUUCAGAUUCUAUUACGGAGAAUUUUGUUUUUGAUUCAUUGAAUAUUGACAUAGCAGAGAAUCCACUUGACCUAUUUAAAAUUUCAAAACGGAUCGAGGCACUUUGCGCCUUUAUAUCUGCCUACAUUUCAAUACCAACUCUAACUACCGUUCGAGUUCCCUUGGCACAGUUUGUUACUUUGGGAGAACUGUUGACUAGCAUGAAUGUUGGAUAUUUACCAAUAAAACGGGACAUUCGGGAUCCACUAACUCGUGUGUUCAUAUCGCAAUCAUUGAAGCAAGUUAAUAGGGCCGGUAUUCAUUUUAUUCAAUCGCUAGAGAGCAAUUUCCCUACUGAAAUCUUAUUACACCACACAUCAAUUCUCUCUACACUAGAUUCCGCGAUCCCGGUUACUAUUUCCAAAGGUAAAGCGACUAUGGACAAGAAAGCGGUUGCAGAAGAUGAAGAAUUGGUUGUUGAUGUGAUUAAUGCCUCUACAGAGUUGAUUUCCAAUGUCGGAACACUUUCAGAUUCUUCCACAAUCGAUCAUAUUGUUUCUGCGGCCUUGAUAAUUGUAAAACCACAGAUUCCGGAUAUAAGUGGAAUGUCCACGGGACUAGAAUCGGCUGAAAACGGGGGAAAUAAUGGCAAAGGCAGUACAAACUUUACGGGAAAUAGAAGAAACAACAGAAAGGGUAGGAAGCAUUCAAAUAUUAUUGGUCUCUCUGAUAUUGUUGCCCACUCUGAACUAUUUGUUUUCAGUGCAACCGAGCGUGUAAUGCACAUAAUAAGGCAGUUUUUCAGCAUAACUUUGAGCAAUUGUAAACUUUCCCCAUCAAAGGUUGUGAAAAUUACUCGUUUUGGAAUUCUUGAUGCCAUCAAGAACAAAGAAAUACUUAACAACGGUGUUGCAAAUAAGCGGAAUAAGGAUAUCAUUGAUCUUUUAGAGGCAUUAGCGUUAAAUCCUGCUCAGCGAGGACUUCCGGUGUCCGUUUUACCAAUUGUUAGCACGUUAAUUGGAAAAAAAGAUCGUAUGCUAAGUUUGCUUCUUAAUCCUCGCUUUCCUCCAAUGUCUACUAUUGUAGGCCAGAUUACAGAUGCAAAUUUGGAAGAGAUUAAUAGUCCUGAAGAAGAAGAUGAUGAGGAACUGGAAGGACAAAGAACUAAAAGUAAUAUGAAAAAUUCUGCGAACAGCAACGAAGAAGCAGAAAAAUUAGAAAGGAAAAGAAAGCUUGAGGAAGACAAAGCUGUUCAGUCGUUAAAGCGGGCUAGACAAGAAAAUGAAGAUGAGCUUAGAAACAUAGCUAUGAAAGAAGAAAAGGAAAGAACAGAGUCUAAAAAGCAAGCAGUUGCAGAAGAUAAGGCGGAGGUUGAGACAUUAUCUGCAAAAGUGGAAGAGACAUUUGUCAAGGUGGACCGUGAAACAGAAAAAGUAGAAUCUGUUGGACAAAACGUUGCUUCAGACUCGGAUUCAGAUUCUGACAUUGAACUUCCUCCGAUUGUUGUGGAUGAUGAAGAUGAGGAUUAG